AUGGACGUCACGGGGCUGCGGCACCGCAUCCACGAGGCGUAUAAGAGCACUGCGGAGAUGCUGCUAUCGGCGCGCAGCGCCACGGCCUUCGCGGAGAAAGGCGUCCUCACGCCGGACGAAUUCGUCGCCGCUGGGGAUAAUCUGGUGGCCAAGUGUCCCACGUGGUCCUGGGAAGGAGCCGACCCCUCUCGACGACGAAGCUUCCUGCCUGCCGACAAGCAGUACCUCAUCACUCGCAAUGUCCCCUGUCUGAGGCGAGUGGGGGCGAUGGAGGAGGAGGUGCUGCUGGCGACAGGUGGCAGCGAGACAUUGGUUGACGCUGACGUGGAUGGGGAGGACCACGAGCCCUGGGUUGCCACGUCGAAGCUCGGCGGUGCUUCCUCAGCAGCAGCAGGUGCAGGUUUGGCACAGCAGGAGUCCCUUCCCUCCAUCGAGGCAGCAGCACCCCCAGCAGCAGGAGGAGCAGGGGAGGGUGGGGGAGCGGGAGCAGGGGAGAGAAGGGCUGGAGGAGCAGCGGCGGGAGAUGAAGAGGAGGAGGACGAUGUACCCGAUAUAGCGGAAUUCGAUGAUGUGGAUAAUGUGCUCGAUGCGGACCCUGCGGCGCUACAGCUGGGGGGAGGGGGGUACCUGGUGGCAACAGAGCCAGAGGACGACCACAUUCUGCAGACUCGCACUUACGACCUCACAAUCACAUACGACAAGUACUACCAGACUCCAAGAAUCUGGCUCUUUGGUUAUGAUGAGCAACGGCAACCCCUGGCAGCAGAGCGAGUGUUUGAGGAUGUGAGCCAAGACCAUGUCAAGAAGACGGUUACCAUUGACGACCAUCCGCACCUUCCAGGAAAGUACGCAUCGGUGCACCCAUGCAAGCAUGCAGCGGUGAUGAAGAAGAUCAUUGGAAUCAUGGCAGCCAAUGGCGUGCAGCCACGUGUCGACCAGUACCUUUUCAUAUUCCUUAAGUUCAUCUCAUCGCUGGUGCCUACUAUCGAGUAUGACUACACCAUUGAUUUCGAUAUGGGUGGUACACUGGGCGCACAUGAGGACGACGGCGAGGGAAGUGAUGAUGAGAACCACAAGUCUAGCGGUAAUGGGAGAGACGAUGCUAGUGAAAUAGAGGAAGGUGUAAAAGCAGCUACAAUCACGGAGGUUAGUGGUGGGAAUGGGGAGACAGGGGACACAUUUCCAACCUCUGAUUUGCUCCUCUCCGCCGCAACCCACGCGACCAUCAUGUCGACCAUGAAGGAAAAGCUUGGCGAUUUGGGCACGACGGCCAAGGAGAAGGCCAGCGAGGCCAAGGCCAAGGGCGGCGAGAUGCUGGGCAAGGGCAAGGCGGAAACCCAGGAGAGCGUCGACAAGGCGAAGCACCCGUUCAGCCACAGCGCGCAUGAGGCGGCGGACGCGAAGGAGGCGGCAACUAAGACGAGCGCGGAGAUGGGGAAGGAGGAGAAGGUGGCGGGCGCGCAGAUGGGCGCGGCGGGGGAGAAGGAGGCGCGCCACCUGAAACACCAGACGGGGCUCUAG